UUGAGGUUUUAUGGUUGAACAAUGCAGCCAGAGAUACCGUUUCUUCCUGUUUUUGCCUCAAUGAAGCGGCUUGCACGCUACAACCUAGGAUCUGUGGCUCUUGGUUCACUCAUUGUCUCUUUUGUUGAGUCUGUUCGGUUCAUUCUCGAAGCAAUUCGUCGUAGAACAAAAGUAAGCGGGACCACACCUGAUCACUGGUUUUGGAGAAUGGCUCAUUACACUUCACGUGGUUGUCUCAAAAGCGUGGAGUGGACCAUCAAAUCGGUUAACCGUAAUGCCUACAUAAUGAUUGCUAUAACAGGGAAAAGCUUCUGCAAAUCGUCUGCAAUAGCGACAGAGCUGAUCAUAAGCAACAUUCUGAGGAUAGGGAAAGUUAAUGUGAUAGGAGAUGUAAUACUGUUUCUAGGAAAGCUUUGUGUGAGUCUCUUCAGUGCUCUCUUUGGCUUCUUGAUGUUGGAUUCGCACAGAUAUCGGUCUUCUCACAACAAAGUCUCAUCCCCGCUAUUACCUGUUUUGGCAUGUUGGGCAUUGGGGUAUAUUGUGGCAACACUUUUCUUUGCGGUGGUUGAGAUGUCGAUAGACACAAUCAUUCUCUCCUUCUGUCAAGACUCAGAGGAGAAUCAAGGGAAUGCUCAGCACGCGCCACCACUUCUGCUUGAAACUUUAGAUAGCAAUCAGGAGGAAGAGGUUCAGAGACUUACCCACUGAUAGAUCCAUAUACGUACUGUAUAAGUUUUGUUUCUUCUUUGGUUGGCCGGUUUAUAUGGUUUUUUAAAAAUAGAAUAUUUUCUCUCUAAAACAUUCUAAGCAGAUUGUAAUGUCAGAUGGCUUGAUCAUCUUCGAUUCUGAAACCAAAAAUCAUAUUUCCGUAAAAUGCAUCUUUGUUUGGUUA